CAGGUGGGCACCCGCCCGGUGUGCUCCCACAUCCCGUUGCUCCGGGACCGCUGCGCCGCUUUCCCCGUGGGGGAGAGAAAGGAUGAACCCCGCUCCUGGAGCUGCUCCCGGCGUGUCCCGGGAUCGCUCCGUCCUCCCGGAGGAGGAGGAGAAGCGGGGAGAGCCGCGGGGCCCCGGGAGCAGGAGGUUCCCCGGUGCCGGUACCGGGCGAGCCGCGGGGCCCCGGGAGCAGGAGGUUCCCCGGUGCCGGUACCGGGCGAGCCGCGGGGCCCCGGGAGCAGGAGGUUCCCCGGUGCCGGUACCGGGCUAGCCGCGGGGCCCCGGGAGCAGGAGGUUCCCCGGUGCCGGUACCGGGCUAGCCGCGGGGCCCCGGGAGCAGGAGGUUCCCCGGUGCCGGUACCGGGCGAGCCGCGGGGCCCCGGGAGCAGGAGGUUCCCCGGUGCCGGUACCGGGCUAGCCGCGGGGCCCCGGGAGCAGGAGGUUCCCCGGUGCCGGUACUGGCCGGAGCGGGGCGAGCCGCUGGGCCCCGGGAGCAGGAGGUUCCCCGGUGCCGGUACCGGGCGAGCCGCGGGGCCCCGGGAGCAGGAGGUUCCCCGGUGCCGGUACCGGGCGAGCCGCGGGGCCCCGGCGGGGCGGGGGGAGCACGGCCCGGCCCCGGGCGCUGCCCCCGGCGCUCUCCGGCCUCCCGGGGCUCCCGCCCGUUUCGAUUUCGUUUUUCGCCGGGAUCGCGGCGCUGGGACCGGAGCGGAGCGCUGCGGACACCGCGGCAGCGCCGGGCUCCGCUCGCACCGGGCCGGCCAUGCAGGAAUCCAGCCCUCCCUGUGGAGCAAGGAGGAUGUGAUCCACUGGCUGCGAUGGGCUGAGAGGGAAUAUUCCCUGAGGCCCAGCGAGCAGGGCAGGUUUGAAAUGAACGGCAAAGCCUUGUGCAUCCUCACCAAGGACGACUUCAGACACCGAGCCCCCAGCUCAGGUGAUGUGCUUUAUGAAAUCUUCCAGUUCAUUAAAACUCAGAGAAGAGCUCUGGUGUGCAGCCCCUUGCUGAACUCACCCUUCAGGAAAGCCAGGAGCACAGAGGAAGGUGCAGACUGCAGUGCUGAGGCUGCCCCAGUUGUUUCCUCGUGGCUGGGCUGUGCAGAGCAGCCCCUGUUCCACAGCCACACACAGCCACUGAUCCUCUCCCACCACAGCUCAGAGAGUAGCUGCAGGCCAGGUGCCAUCUGCUCUUUUCCUGCUCCCCUGUCAGCCCCAGUGGAUGGGAAAAUUGCAGACUGCAGGCUGCUCUGGGAGUACGUGUACCAGCUGCUGGCCGACCGCCGCUACGAGCCCUACAUCCGCUGGGAGGACAGGGAGGCCAAGGUGUUCCGCGUCGUCAACCCCAACGGGCUGGCCCAGCUCUGGGGCAACCACAAGAACCGGAUGAACAUGACCUAUGAGAAGAUGUCACGAGCUCUCAGACACUACUACAAACUCAACAUCAUCAAGAAGGAGCCAGGGCAGAAGCUGUUGUUCAGGUUUUUGAAGACUCCUGGGGAGGCUGUCCAUGAGAAAUCCAGCAAACUGGAGCAGCUGGAGAAUGAGGACAAUGAAGAUUUGAAGGAAGACCCGGUGGAGGUUUCACCACAGUAAAUCUUUGGAGGCUUCACUUGAGUGCAUCACAGGAACCUUGUGCUUUGCUGGGCAGUGCUGGUGUCUUGCCUCUCCUGGACAGAAGGCCACAGAGCUGGCCUGGAUUUCAAAGCCUGCUGUGAGCCAAAGCUGGGCCAUCUCUGGGGCUUCAUUAGCAAAAGACAGCCAGAAGCUGUUCCCCAGCCCCAAAGCACAGGGGGAUGUGUGGGCUCAUCUUCUGCUGGUUCCUCUCCUGCCCUGUGGGAGGGAAUGUGAUAUUUUUGCUCUGAAAUUUUGAUGCUUUAAGGUCUAAACCUGUGGAAAAGAUCCCUCUAUUUUUCCAGGGAGAUGAGCUGAGCAGAGCAGAGCAGAGCAGGAGUUCUGAGCUGAGCCCCUGCUGCUCUGCUUGGGCAGUGAGAGCUGUCCCCAGCUGUGAGCAAGGACUCCUUGCAAACCUGGUGCAUGCUGGAAUCUCUGUCUCCUGUGAGGCUGCUCCUGGGAUUAAGGUUAGGAUGUGCUGAAAUACCUGCCUGGAUCAGGCCUGGCUGAAGCUCCAUGGUUGCCCAUAGCUGGUAUUCACUUUAAAUCCUUUUACUGCAGGUAAUGACUUUUGUAAUUAAUUUUGUGAUUAAAUAAUGUGAAAAGAAACAAAGCCAAUAAGAAAUAUGACCUCACCCAUGGUUAGAUAUGUGAUCAUUUGUUUUAAUUAUGAGUUUGGAGCAGGAAUACCUGAAGUGAACAUAGUAUCUGUGUGUGUGAAAACAGAAAAUACCCACUACUAUUUUCACUUUGCUUUCCACAGAGGAAAUAAAAUGCUGUGACUGUAAGGUUGAAAA